AUCAAUCACCUUUUUCUUCUUCUAUUCAUGAUAAAAUGCAACAUAGAAAAUGACCACACCACAACCACAUAAUGGCUUGGAACCAAGAGAGAGAGAGACCAGAAGAACAAAGACCUGUGAUACAUACAUAUGUCUGAGUCAAUAAUCUGCUUCACAAAAUCUGUGUGAAAACCUCAAACUGAGACAGACAAUAAUGGAAGCAGAAGAGCUUGGAGUAGUUUCUGCAGAUACCCACCAUCGUGAUUCUGACAUAGAACUCAUUGGUGGUGAAAGGGUAUCUCACAGUCCCAAGUUGAACAAAAGGGUCGGCAGAAAAAGUGCAAAGUUGAAUCCUCUUGAGUCCACUCCCAUAGAUCUUAGCCAAACCAAAACCCAGGAACAAAAUGAAGAAGACUAUGUUGAAAUCACCAUGGACAUUCAAGGUGACUCUGUUGCUGUACACAGUGUUACACCUGUUGCAGGGGAAGAUGAGAAACUGGGUUUGCUUGGGAAACGAAUGGAGAAGAAAGUGUCGUUUGGUUCCUCACUUGUGCGAACUGCUUCCAUUCGUGUGAAGCAGGUUUCUCAGGAGCUGAAGCGUUUUGCUUCGUUUUCGAAGCAAACGGGAACUGGUGCGAGAGUGCAUGGUGAUCAUAGGACUAAGUCUGCAGCGACUCAUGCGUUGAAGGGGCUCAAGUUUAUCAGCAAAACUGGUGGUGGGGGUGCAGGGUGGAGUGAGGUUGAGAAGCAAUUUGAGAUUCUCACUGCUAAAACUGAUGGGUAUCUUCAUCGUUCUCUCUUUGCCAAAUGCAUAGGGAUGAACAAGGAGUCUGAGGCUUUUGCAGGGGAGCUUUUUGAUGCUCUUUCUAGGAGGAGGGAUAUUCAUGGAGAUUCCAUUAACAAGGCACAGUUGAAGGACUUCUGGGACCAGAUUUCUGACCCCGGAUUCGAUUCUAGGCUCAGAACAUUCUUUGACAUGGUUGAUAAAAAUGCUGAUGGCAGAAUCAGUGAGGAAGAAAUUAAAGAGAUUAUCUGCCUUAGUGCCACUACCAACAAACUCUCUAACAUACAGAAGCAGGCAGAGGAGUAUGCGGCUUUGAUCAUGGAAGAACUAGACCCUGAUGAGACAGGAUUUAUCAUGGUGGAAGACCUGGAGAUGCUCUUGUUGCAUGGACCAGCUCAUUCUACAAGAGGAGAUAGUAAGUACUUGAGCCAAAUGCUAAGCAUAAAGCUUAAGCCAACAUUUGAAGACAAUCCUUUUAGGAGGUGGUAUAGAGAUUCCUGGUACUUUCUGCAGGAUAAUUGGCAGAGAACUUGGGUAUUGUUGCUGUGGAUUGGAGUGAUGUUGGGUCUAUUUGCCUACAAAUUUGUUCAGUAUAGGAGAAGAGCUGCAUAUGAGGUGAUGGGUCAUUGUGUAUGCAUGGCCAAAGGUGCAGCCGAGACACUCAAAUUGAACAUGGCUAUUAUCUUGUUACCUGUUUGCCGAAACACCAUCACCUGGCUCAGAAAUAAGACCAAGCUAGGCAUUAUGGUUCCUUUUGAUGACAACCUCAACUUCCACAAGGUGAUAGCUGUGGCAGUAGCUAUUGGUGUUGGCAUACAUGGUAUUUAUCAUCUUACUUGUGACUUUCCUCGCCUUCUUCAUGCAAAUAGUGAAAAGUACAAGCUCAUGGAACCUUUUUUUGGAGAUCAGCCGUCAAGUUAUUGGCAUUUUGUCAAAUCAUGGGAAGGAGUAACAGGGAUUAUAAUGGUUGUUCUAAUGACAAUAGCCUUCACUCUGGCCUCCCCUUGGUUCAGGAGAGGCCUGGUUAAGCUGCCGAAACCCUUCAACAAUCUUACUGGUUUCAAUGCCUUUUGGUACUCCCAUCAUCUCUUUGUUAUUGUCUAUGCCCUGUUGAUUGUGCAUGGUAUCAAACUUUACUUGACUAAGGAAUGGUACAAGAAAACGACUUGGAUGUAUUUGGCAAUUCCUAUCAUCAUUUAUGCAUUGGAAAGACUGACUAGAGCACUUAGAUCAAGCAUCAAGCCUGUGAGAAUAUUAAAGGUGGCUGUUUAUCCUGGAAAUGUGUUGGCUCUUCACAUGUCAAAGCCUCAGGGAUUUAGAUACAAGAGUGGACAAUACAUGUUUAUCAAUUGUGCUGCUGUGUCUCCAUUUGAAUGGCAUCCAUUUUCUAUAACCUCUGCCCCAGGAGAUGACUACCUUAGCGUUCACAUCAGAACACUAGGUGACUGGACCCGGAGUCUCAGAGUCAAAUUCUCAGAGAGUUGUGUUCCACCUACACAUGGGAAGAGUGGACUUCUAAGAGCUGAAUGCAUGCAAGGAGAUAGCAGUCCAAGUACUCUCCCUAAAGUUCUGAUUGAUGGUCCAUAUGGAGCCCCUGCACAAGACUACAAGCACUAUGAGGUGGUUUUGCUGGUGGGGCUGGGGAUAGGUGCUACCCCAAUGAUCAGCAUACUGAAGGACAUAGUGAAUAAUUUCAAGGCCAUGGAAGAUGAAGAAGGGGCCACCAUAGAAGAAGGAGCAAGUGGUUUAGGUAGUAAUAAAUCACCAAAAACAUCUCCACACAAGAAAACAGGUUUGAGCAACUUUAAGACUAGGAGGGCCUACUUUUACUGGGUGACUAGAGAGCAAGGUUCCUUUGACUGGUUUAAAGGGGUGAUGAAUGAGGUAGCUGAAGAAGACCACAGGGGAGUGAUUGAGCUCCACAACUACUGCACUAGUGUCUAUGAAGAAGGUGAUGCUCGCUCUGCUCUCAUUGCCAUGCUGCAGUCUCUGAACCAUGCUAAGAAUGGCGUGGACAUUGUCUCCGGGACGCGUGUGAAGUCUCAUUUUGCCAAACCUAAUUGGCGUAAUGUGUACAAGCGCAUUGCGCUUAGUCAUCCGCAAGCUCGCGUUGGGGUGUUUUACUGCGGGCCACCAGCACUGACCAAAGAGCUUCAUCAGUUAUCUUCAGAUUUCUCUCGCAACACAACCACCAAAUAUGACUUCCACAAGGAGAAUUUCUAAUAAGAUGGAUAUUAUUGAAGAGAAAAGUAGAAGCUGAAGGGGGACCAUGAUGAUUUUCAUCUUUGAUUAUCCCUCCGAGAAGAUUGCACCAGCAUGUCCUUGUUGAUAUAUAUAUAUAUAGAUAAUAAUGAAAGCAUGUGUACCUAAUGUCAGAAUUAUUACAUCUUUGUAUUGACUUAAGGGAAGUUGUUGGAUGUUGGCCACUAAAUAGCAAAGCAAAGGUGUGAUUAGAUGGCAAUUGGCAAUGACAUUAAUCACAUGAUAGGCAGGUAUGUGCAAUGUGCUACAAAUAUACAAUCAUACAGAGCGGGGACUGGCAAAAUGUACAAAAAAAAACCACCAGAUUGUACUGUACCUAGCAAGUUCUUUUUUGAUAAGCUUGUACCUAGUAAGGUUAUCAUGUUUUGGAAUGUUAGUGGUUUACAUAGAUAUUUUGAACAAAUAAGGUUAGAAAGAGAAAGGGUGAGAGAACUGAUCCAAUGACUGAUGAAGUUCAUCUGUAUCAACUUUCGAUAAUGUUAAUUAUGUACGUGCAAAUACUAUCCUUAUAGUUUAAGGAUGUUGGUUGGUUUAAA